UAGUCGACUUUAAGAUCCUAAAUUGGACUGGAGAAAUGCAUAAAAAAUUAGAAGUUGUUCAUACAAUAUCACAACAUCAAUAACUCCAAUGAUUCAGUAAGUUAGCCAAAGAGGACACCUUUCAGAAAUCAUUUCCAUCUGGCUCGAUGUCCAACGUUUUUGCGAGCCACACAAGAGAGGCAGUACGGUGUAAAGUGAAGAAAUGUGAGCCAAAUCUGCCGCCGGAAUGGCGGAAGUUUAGCGUGGAUCCCCAAAUAACUUCCUUGGAAGUAUUGUAUUCCCUGCUGGCCAAGGCUUUUGAUAUCAAAUCAGACUUCUCCAUCAAGUACAAAGCAUAUGAUCCAGCCGGAAAUGAAAUUUACUUGGCUGUUUUGUCAGAUUGGGACUUGGACGCGGCUUUUCUCAGAAUACACAACAUUUCUAUACAGACAUCGACUGAGCCAUGUUUAAUGCUGCAGAUAGACAUAAAACCGUUCACCGAGGUAAAAGAAUGGGAUCCGGAAACAACAGCAAAUGCCUCUUCAGCUUUAAUAAGCUCUUGUUCAUCCAGCAGCACGGGUGCUACGCCCACAAGUUCUUCCGCACGUGAGCUUAUAUCGCCGCUGCAACAAUCAAUUGGCGUUUCCCAAAAAUAUGUACAACAAAUGCAAACGAAAUUGCCGGGUAUUAUAAUGAACCAGAUGGAAAAGACUUUUUCAAUGGUCCAGAAGGCUUUCAACUUAAAUGAGGAGACCAUGGCUGCUUUGCCACCACGACCGUCACUGGCGGACAAUGAGUUUCGUUCGUAUCUUGAUGCAUUGGGCCAAAUACAAAGAACAGACGAGUUGCGCAAAGUGAUAUUUUUGGGAGGUAUCGAUCCCAGUCUAAGGAGAGUUGUUUGGAAACACAUUUUGAAUGUUUAUCCCAGCGGAAUGAAUGGACAUCAACGUAUGGAUUAUAUGCGUCGUAAAUCUGAUCACUAUUAUAAGUUGAGAGACACGUGGAAGGCAGCAAUAAAACAAGGAUACGUUGUUGGUGAAUUGGCGUACGUAACCAGUAUGGUUAAGAAGGAUGUGUUGCGUACUGAUCGACUACACCCAUUCUAUGCUGGCAAUGAUGACAAUCAAAACAUUGCUUCUCUUUUCAACAUACUCACAACGUAUGCAUUAAAUCAUCCAUCAGUAAGCUACUGUCAGGGUAUGUCCGAUAUCGCCUCACCGCUUCUUGUGACAAUGAAUGACGAAGCACAAGCUUACAUAUGUUUUUGUGCCAUUAUGGCAAGGGUGCGUGGAAACUUUAUGCUCGAUGGUAUCGCAAUGACUCAAAAAUUCGCACACCUUACCGAAGCUCUGAGUUAUUAUGACUCUGAUUUUUGGGAAUAUCUAAAAGCUCAACAGGCCGACGAUCUGCUGUUCUGCUAUCGAUGGUUGCUGCUGGAAAUGAAACGAGAAUUUCCAUUCGAAGACGCAUUGCGUAUGUUAGAAGUACAAUGGAGCUCCCUAAAAUACGAGACAAGUGCUGAUAAGGAAUUAAAUCUAUAUGAAAAAGAAUUCGUUCCGAUAAGGGAGGCAACGGCCCCAUCGACGCCCACCAGUCUGGGGGGCGGUGUUCCUCCAAUUAGCCCAUCGUACUUUUUAGCAAAGCCGCGUGAGAAUGCUUACACAAAAGUAUGUGAUCUGAGAAGGCAGAGUUCUUCGGCAUCCCUGAACUCGCUUAAUUCAUCAAUAACGACCAAUAUUAACAACUGUUCUGGACUUAAAAUUUCAAAGCUCGAUGGCACAAGACGCUUGAAUCAAAGCCUGGACGACAAUAUGGCUCGUCAUGCCACAAAGAACAGACGCAGGGCUCCUUCUAAUCGCCAAUCAUUGGAUGAAGCAAAAAUUCUACAUUUGCUUGAAUGCCGAGUGGACAAUGCAGAAAAUUUAGCGACACCAGCCUUACAUCAGAAACUAGAAAAUGACCCAUCGGAAGACGACGAUGUUUUCGCAGAACAGAGCGGCCAAUUUAAAUUUCACGAAACAAAUCCCUUUAAGGACGACGAAAUUCCCGCAAUGACUGCAGCUAUGCCUAAGCCUCCGAUACCUAAAACAUUUCUCAGUAGCUCAUCAUCUUCAAUUGUUGAAGAUGAUUCAAGCAUUAUUGCCAAUGGCGUUGACGGCGAAUGCAUUAAAGACGGAGGAGACAAAAAGUUUUUGUCGACACCUCCAAAAGCAAUAGCCAAAUUGCAAAACAAAAAGAUACUCUCGAAUUACAAUGCGGUAAGCACAAUAAUUGCCAAGCAACUCGCAAAUGCCAGCAGCACAGGAGGUGGCCAUUUCAAAGAUCUGAAGGAAAAGAUUGCAGCUACGAGCAGAAAAGGCUUGUCCCUUGAAGAAUGCAGUGAGAAAUCGCAGCAGCGCCUAGUCAAAAAUUUCAAUGAAUUUCUCAACUUUGCAGCUAUAAAUAAAGGUCGUGUGGGAAGCGUCGAAAAAUCGAAUGCCUCAAUUUUAGCCAGUGACGAAAAUGUGGCGCAAAAAGUGUGCAAAACUCCAUCUCCUCAAAAACUGUCUCCCACACCUCACCCAUUGGUACAACUGACGAAGGGUGGAUUUGCCUCAUCUCUAGAAGAAUCGGAUUCAUCUUCAUUGCCUGAUACCACAAAUAACACCUGGAGCUGUUCAACAGCAGCCACAGCAAUACAACAAGCAAAUAAUUUAAGUAGCAAUAGUUUACAUUUAGAGCUCAAUUCACUUUCUUCCCUUACGCACACCCCGGAACGAACUCCUACUAUUGAGUUCACACAAAAACGACACAAAGAUAUAACACCAACGCCAAUCAGCGAGACGUUUCAACUGGAAAAACAGGACGAUUUAAGUGCCACACCCGAUGAAAGUCAGGAAAUUGAUUAUUGUCCCAUGUCAACUGCAAUUAUAAGGGAGUUACAUUUGGAAGCUGAUAAUUUGGAUCGCCAAGUGUUUGGUGACUCGACGACAACCAAAGAUUCUACUAGUUCUGAGAUUGAGUAUGAAAAACUGGGAAAAGAUUCCUUGGACAUGGUUGAGGACCUGAAGGAAUGUGAGAUAACUGCCGUUUCCGACGAAAUUGGCCCGUGUGUAGGUAGUAACAGUAUCAACGGGAAAGUUAAUAAUAACAUAAGUACUGGAAAAACAAAUGCAGACUGCAUCAACUUUAACCCAUUUCUAGAAGAAUCUAUCGUUUGUUCAACAGCCUCAAGUUUAGCAGACAAUUCCUUAGUCGGAUGUAUCAAUUAUGGCAAAUCGAACCCCAGUGCGAGUGCAUUGCCUGAGGUUUUAAUACCGAUCUCAACGACAAUUCCCGACAUGGGCGCUGUUGACGAAAUGGCAACAACAGCCGCUGAAGAAGUGUCUUUCUCAAAAACUCCGCCUAUCCAAAACCAACGCAACAUCGCCACUCCAAUACCUAAGUUACCACCGCCUUCAGAGUUUGGGGGUGGCAAUCCCUUUUUAAUGUUUCUUUGUCUAACUUUACUGUUGCAACACCGCAACAUAAUCAUGAAAAGUAACAUGGACUACAACGAAAUAGCCAUGCAUUUCGAUAAGAUGGUGCGAAAACACGAUGUAACACGAGUAUUGAACCAAGCUCGCCGUAUGUACAUUGACUACCUGAAGAGUCAUGCAACAUACAAUCAGGAAAGGCAGCAGCAACAACAAACGCAACACGAACUGCAGACCUAUAAUAGGCCAUUUUUGGGUGACGUCAAUCGCAACGCUACAAACGCGAUAUCGCAACAACACACCUUCACUCAGACACAGAGAAAAUAUAAACACACAUUCCAAUAGUCAGUCGUCUAACGUCUCAUCUUCUUCGUUCUAUAUGAAAUCGUAUAAGUCGCUGUGAAACGUAUCGAACUUCACAAAAAGCCGAAAUAGAAACACCAAAGAAUGUUAACAUUGACUGGAACCUUUUUUGUUAGCAGCCUGGCUGGCUGAGCUGAAAAGCCAGUCGUUUUGAGUUAUCAUUAUUUGUUACCAAGAGUUUAUAACGUACUUAUUAUUAUGUAAGUAAUUAAAGUCUGCCUAUAUAUAUGUUUUGUUUUUAAUUUCUACAUUACUCAUUUGUUUUUCAUUAAAUAUAAAUAUUAAUCAUUCCAUUCCAUUAUCUAAUAAGCUUCUUUAAGUCUUGAAGGUUUGUUUACAUGCAGUAAACUGUAGACAGACCAGACCAGACCUGAACAAGUAUCAUAAAUGUGCAUAACGUUAAUUAACAAUGUAUAUGUGCAGCAUAUACAUCUGCAUUAGUCUCUACGGGAAUUGUACCAUUCUAAUGAAGAGUAUAGGAAAACUCACGUUUGCUUUUGUAAAAUUCUUUUCGCAAGAUUCCAAAUACCCCAACAAGAGCAAUACCGCAAAAACUGCAAAGAAAUUUAAUUUCGACAAAGCUAUUGAAACUUCAAAACGAUUCGAGAUGUGAAAUCUUAUACGGAUUUAAAUGCUUCCAUUCAAUAGUAUAGCAAAGCAAAGAACUCUUCAACAUAUGGCUGUUUACAAACGAUUUAUCAAAUGGUUUAGUGUUUUUUUAUUACAAUUCUAAGUUAUAAACGUGGUCAUUUAAGUUCGGUUGCCCUCUAAAGUGCAGAAGGAGACAAACAAAGCUCACUUCUAUUGUUCCAAUCUAAACACCUACAUCCAUGCUAAACCAUUUGUCUGAAGCUGGACAAUAUCCUCUUAAGCACUUAUCCUUGAGCACUUUUAUUUUAUAUAUACCUACUACUUAUACAACGGCAAAUGAUUUUCCAAUCAUCAUGGAUGGACAAGAAAUUAAAUGACUCUGCACCUUUCAGUACUGGCUAAUGGAUAUUUAUAUGUAAAUAGUACACAAAUGCGUAUGUACAUUAAUAUUUAACAAACUUUAAAAAAUGUACCCCCAACUAUAUAUUGUAAUAUACUUCAAUUUCGCUUUUAAAACUAAAAUAAAUUUAUUAAAAUUUAAUUGAA